AGGAAAGGGGGAGACAAGACAGACUAGUCAGAAGAGGCGGCGGAGAGGAGAGGAGAGGAAGAAAAGGACGAGGAACAGGGUGCAACAGCAGCGACAGGAGGAGCCCCACGAGAAGAGGUGGAGCUCUACUAGAAGAGGUGGAGCUCGAGGAGACCGAGAGAUAGACAGAAGAACCGACAGACCGAGAGAAAGAGGGAGACAGGGAGAAAAAAAGGGGACCGAGGAACUCUAGACACAUAGCGUCUCCAUCGAGAUCGAGAGUCAGAAAAGAGAGGUAUAGCUCUAUAGAGAAAGAGAAAUAGAGAAAGGAAGGAAGGAGAGCCAGAAGAGGAAAGAUUGUGGACAAGCAGCUAAAGGCAAUGGCAACCAGUAGCGCCACCACUGAGGAGGAGCGGAGCCUCCGGGAAUGUGAGCUCUAUGUCCAGAAGCAUAAUAUCCAGGCACUCCUCAAGGAUUCCAUUGUACAACUCUGUACUGUUCGGCCUGAUAGACCCAUGGCAUUCCUUAGGGAAUACUUUGAGAGACUGGAGAAGGAGGAAACAAAACAGCUCCAGAAUCUGCAGAAAGCAAGUACCCAAUCUGAAUCAAGGGAAGAAGAAGUUUCUCCUCCACCUCCCAAUCCUGUGGUUAAGGGUCGGAGGCGAAGGGGGGCUAUCAGUGCAGAGGUGUAUACUGAGGAAGAUGCUGCAUCAUAUGUUAGAAAGGUUAUUCCGAAAGAUUACAAGACUAUGGCUGCUUUAGCUAAAGCCAUUGAGAAGAAUGUAUUGUUCUCACAUCUUGAUGACAACGAGAGAAGUGAUAUUUUUGAUGCCAUGUUCCCAGCCUCCUUUAUUGCUGGAGAGACUGUAAUUCAACAAGGUGAUGAAGGAGAUAACUUCUAUGUGAUUGAUCAAGGAGAGAUGGAUGUCUAUGUCAACAAUGAGUGGGCAACCAGUGUUGGAGAAGGAGGGAGCUUUGGAGAACUUGCCUUGAUUUAUGGAACUCCUAGAGCAGCAACUGUCAAAGCUAAGACAAAUGUGAAAUUAUGGGGCAUUGACCGAGACAGCUACAGAAGAAUCCUUAUGGGAAGCACAUUGAGAAAGAGGAAGAUGUAUGAAGAAUUCCUUAGCAAAGUUUCUAUUUUAGAGUCUCUGGACAAAUGGGAGCGUCUUACAGUAGCUGAUGCAUUGGAACCUGUUCAGUUUGAAGAUGGGCAGAAGAUUGUAGUGCAAGGAGAACCAGGAGAUGAAUUCUUCAUUAUCUUAGAAGGUUCAGCUGCUGUGCUACAGCGUAGGUCGGAGAAUGAAGAAUUUGUUGAAGUAGGAAGAUUGGGGCCCUCUGAUUAUUUUGGUGAAAUUGCACUUUUGAUGAAUCGUCCACGAGCUGCCACAGUGGUUGCUCGUGGACCCUUGAAAUGUGUUAAACUGGACCGACCCCGAUUUGAACGUGUUCUCGGCCCCUGCUCAGACAUCCUCAAACGCAACAUCCAGCAGUACAACAGCUUUGUGUCACUGUCUGUCUGAAAUGUGGCUCCCCUGCUUGAGCCCAUGCUUCACCAGUCCUUUUCCUCAUUUGCAGCACCACGUGGCCAUUGUCAUUGUGGCUUCCUGUCUGUUUAUAUAAAAAAAAAAGAAAAAAGUUGCUUUCAUUGCACCAUUUUUAAUUUGGAGCAUUAGUUAAAAGUGCUCUGUGUCCAGUUUAAUAAAUAGAGUUAUAUGGAGACUUUGCUGUUACUGCUUCUCUUUGUGCAGUGUUAGUGUCCCAGCUUUUGGCAGUGAGUGCCAUGCUUUUUGGUGAUCCCCACCACCAAAUGAAUUGCCAUAGAGCAAGACUAUAACAGUGGAAAAAUGUUAAAAAGUGAAACAUGCUUUUCCAAUUAUUGUAAGCAUAUUUUAGACUGUGGUUAUCUGCUGUUUUUGUCAAAAAACAUCUCUGAAGUUUAAAAAAUGCAUGGGUACUCUUUAAUUCUCAGUGCAGUGGAGAGGCAUUUGCUUUAGUCAAAUGAUGUUUAGAGAUAGCAGGAAAUGUGUCCAUUGUCUGUUGGUUUUCAAAUGACUUACUAUGGUUUGUUUCUUAAAAACCUCCAGAUUCUUUGGUUGUCAUGUUUAAUUGCUUGCUUCUGCUCACUCUAGAUAUUGAUGUAACUUUCCUAAUUCAUAGAAGAAGCUUUUCUGCUUGACAUAUAUCCAGCUGCCAUUAUCUACUUCUCAGCCUGAUUCCAAAUGUUAGAAACAAAAAUUGGACUAAUAUUAAAUGAUAUUUGUCCAGUGAUUCACAGAUUGUAGAAUGAAUCCUCUAUUUACCCAAUUAGUGCCAAAUAUUAAAUGUCAGGCAUUGGAUUCAGUACAAGAAUUUGAGAUAAAUUUUCUGUUUUCUCCUUGUAGACUUUGCUUCUUGUAUGUUCUUUCUUUAAUUUCUGUAUAAGUUUCUCUGCCUGAUUUCAGGAGAUUGGUUUGACUGGGAGUGUAUACAUGUGGAAAACCUGUCACCAUGGAUUAAUGGAGGUGCUGUGGCUAAUGUGGGAACUGUGAGGUGGAUCAAAUAUGGUGUCAGGUACCUUUUCCUAUCCCUAAAAAUGCUUAUGAUUUAAUUUUCUUCUGUGUUAACCAGAAGUUAUGCUGGGUUGGGAGUAUGUGUGUUUAUUUUUAAAUUUAUGUAGAAUGCCAUGUCAGGCUUCCUUUUCCUUUCAACCUAAAGUUUUAGGACAAUCUUUAAGUAAAACGUCUCGGAGUCUUUAAUAUAUUUCAAUAUUUACUGGCUUUGUGUUAUAUUAUUCUAAAUAUGUCAGUGAUUUUAUUUUUUUUAAACAAAAUUCCACAGUUUCAUAAUGUAAGCAAUUUUGUUAGAUUUCAUUUUCAUUGUAAUCUUAUAGAGGAAAAUUGUACCUAGGAGUGAGAGACAAGCAUUUUUUGUAUUUGUUAUGUAAUAGGCUUAAAAUGCUUUCUGUUUUUUCCUGGGUAUUUACAUUGGUCAUGGUGUAUUUUGUUCUGAGAUUUAAAUGGUUUUCAAAUCCUAAGGCAUGAGCCUUGGGAAGGUUAAAAAAAAAAUCACUGUGUAUAAAUAUUUGUUUUUGAAAAGAAUAUGUUGAGUGAAGUUUCUUGUACUUACCUUCAUGUAUAAGUAUCUUUUUUUUUCAAUUUAAAAAUUAUUUUUUUUAUCUGUCUAUCUUCUUACAUUAGUUAUUGUAAAAACUGAUCCUUAUUCAUGUCAAAAAUGUACUUAAAACAAGUUUAGAAUGCCACAGAAAUGCAUACUUCCAGUAUAUAUUUAUAUAGAUCUAUAUACAUGUAGCUGUACCUAUUUAGAUAAAUAUAAUAAUGCUUGCAUUCUAAUUUAAUUAGAGUCUUUUAACUAGUGGUUUUUACUCCCUUUUAUUAGCUUUACCCUAAAAGAUUUUAAGAUAAGCUAAGUCUAGGUUAAACAUUAAUCAGUGCUAGCUUUACCAUUGUAUGAAGUUUAAAAUAUAUGUGAGAAACCACAAUUGGCAUAGUUGCUGUAACUAACAUUGAGGGCUUUAGAACUCAUUUUUUCAAAAGCUCCAUUUAGCUACAGCCCUAGAAAGCAACCAGUAGAUGACCAGCGGACCAUUUUUAUAUUGUUAUCAGGCUGUAUACUGUAUAUCCUAAUAUAUUCUAUUGCUUUUGUUAAAGAUUGACCUAAUGGUAGAUAAAGUAAAUAAAAAAUGAUUUAAAUUAUUAAAUAUAAUCCUCUUCCCCUUCAAUAAUAAUCUUUUAUCUCAGCAAACAGAAAUGAUUAUAAUUAGAAAUUAAUUAGUGUAGAACUAUGUUAAUAUACUAAAAAGAGUUUACUUCCAGAGAGACCCAUUUUAGUCUUUACCAACCAAAGAAUGGAUCUGAAAUAUAUUUUGAUGAUAAAUUUGCUGCAAGAGAGUACUGUCAGUCUUGGGCAGACUAUAUUAAUCAUAGCAUCUUAAAGCUGGAAGGGACCUCCAGAGCAAAAACUUUUUUUUUCCUACUCUGAAGGCAGAAAGUUAAUACCUUUGAGUUUUUUUCCUAGACUUUAUAAAAGAACAAGAAAACCAAAACAAUAGUUCCUGAGUCAGCUUAUUAAUUUGGUAUAAAGCUUGACAUAUUGCUUAGCUUUAUAUUUAACUCCACAUUAGCUUUGCUUCCAGUUGGUCAGUCCUCAGAUGUUUGACCGUAGGUAGAAAGAAGACUUCUAGCUUGUUAAUACAUAAGCAGUUUAGUUCAUGUGAAUGUAUUUAUUCUCACAUGUAAUGAAACUUAUAUUCAGAUGUUGUCAAAAAAAAAAAAAAAACCCUUUUUUUCCCCCCAUUUAUGUUGCUUUCCAAGGCAAACAGCUUGAACAUGUUCAGUAUUGUUUUGGGGGCCAUGGAUAAAAUAGAUACAGCCAAAAGAGAAUCCAACUCAACAGCAGUUCCUUUGGGUGGAUCCUUAGUUAUAUGUGCCCUUUGCCAAAGCAGAGCACUAAAAUGAUAGCUCAAAUUGGAGGUUGUCUUCUCCAGGGCAUAGUCUGUGUCUUACUCCUUUUUGUAUCCCCCAUGGUGCCUUGCAUAUAAUAAGAGCUCAGUAAAUACUUAUUGAAUUUUCACCAAUAUCAUGUUGCUACAAUUUUUCUUGACAUGAUUUUGUGAUUUUAAACUGAAUUUUAAAAAUACAACAUUUUUACCCCAAAAUGUAAAUUCAUAGCUAAAAGUGAUGUUUCUUCCAUUUAUUCCCAGUAUUGUGUCAUAUAUAGAGUAACCUCAGAGUUUGAAAGGCCUGGAUAUAGGUCCCGCCUCUGAUAAAUAUUGCCUAUGUGCCCCUCAGUAAGUCUCUAAGACUAUAAAUUAAUAGUGCAAUUGCCUAUUUGCAUUGAGUUCCUUAAUGAAAUCACAAGUCUGGACCAAAAUUUUUUCCCCGGUAUAUUUCUAAAAGAAUAAAAUUGACAUUGAGAAUGCGUGUUUAGGUAGCUCCUUAUUAUGCCUCCCAAAACUUAGUCAUAAAAACUUGGAGUCUGUAGACCUGAGGGUAAGAAAGGUGACGUGGGCUUUUUUUCCCCCUCCUAGUUCAUGGGAUAUUUUCCAUGAUAACCAGCUCUGAUAUGCAUGCAGAGCUAAUGUUGUUUUCUUGAUUUCAGUUCUGUGACCUCAUCCUCAGCCAACCCUAAAAUUCAACCAAAUGCAACUCUGUUCAUUUUGUAAAACAGUUCCUGCCUGUGCAUUUUUUAGUAGAAAGUGUAAAACAGCUUUCAGAGUUAAAAAAGAAACAAAAAACUACCACUAGAUGGAGAACCUUAUUUUUGUUAUUAUUUUUGUUUGUAAAGCUCAUUUGAACUUAAGUUUUACCCUUCAACCUGACAUUUGGAGAAAGCUUCAACCAAUUCUCAUUCUUUCCCUCUAUACAGUUCUAUUUGGUAUUCGGUUUUUUGGCAGUAAGACCAUUAUUUAGAGAAAUUUCAUUAAUUCACUCAAAACGAACAUGUUUGGUAGGUAGUUCUAACAGUGGCAGUUUGGGGUUUCUGGUAUUUUUGAUGAAUGGAAACAAAGCCCACCUCUUUCCCUUUGAAUUUUGGUCAGAAAGAAUAUUGGAAUACCAGGUUGAAGAAAAAAUGGUUUGGUAUCCUGCACAGCCAAAUUUGAAUUCUUAGCUCAAUUUAUCAUUUCUUGGACUACAUUAGUAGUCAAAAGUUUCCAAUUGAAUUUUGUGAGUCAAAAAGGAGAAAUGCAGGAUAGGGGAAAAGAAGCUUUUAAAAAUGUUAGCUAUUAAGAUUAUUGUCCUGCCUCAGUUCCGCCCCAUUUCUCUCCUUGUAGAGGCAACAAGCUUCAAAAACAGCCAAAUUUGUUUGUGAAUGUUUGUGUACUUGUAGCAGUUAAGUGACUCAUUUUAAGACUGGAAUUGGGCUGUGCUAGUCUGAAAUAAUAUCACUGUGACCCCUUAGCUGAUUAAUAGCUUCUGUCCUUUGAACCUGGACUUUUCCUAAGCCUGCUUUUUAGCACUCUUUCUGAUUGUCCCAUUUCCUACAGGAUACAGAUGAUAUAAAUAGGAAUGAUGGCUAAUGAACUAGGAAACCUUGUGUAGAAUAAUAGUAUCUCAAAUUCUCAGAAUAAUGUUAUUUUGUAAUUAAUGUGGCUAAAAAGCUAAAAGAAAGCUUGAUGAAUAGCGUGAAGCAGUAUUGAUUGACUUGUGACAGACUCCUAAGUUGUGUGUGUAGGAGAAAUAGCCCCCCCUCAAACACCUUAUUUUGACAAUUGAAGUUAAUGGUUCACCUUAGGAAAAUUGUGACAUUCCUCAAAAAGAGUUCAUCUUUAGAGUUUUCCCUCAGCUCCACUUCAGGGCUCAGAUGGAAAAACCCUUUGUGCUUUUGGAAUCAUCCCUACCCUACUUUCUUAAUAGCCUGUCAAAACAGGAAAAGAAUUUGUUAGUCUCAUUUGUCAACUGUUGAGGCUUUAGGAUAGAUAUCACUGUGGCACUUCAAUUAAGCAAUUGCAUUUUAAGUCUUUAUUUCUGGAAUGAGACUAACCUGUGCUAAAGAAUUUCAGUCUUCAGCAAGUGGGAAGAGAGGUAUUUAGAAAAUGACCCUAUACCUAUUUGUGUAGUAGACUCUGAAUAUAAACCCAAUUUAGACCAAUAGGGUAUGGGGUGGGGGAUGAUCAGUUUCUCUGAAGAGGAUUUUAGGGACUAACCCAGCUAUGGUUAAUGAAAGUCAUCUGGGAGCUGCUAGGGGCAUAGGAACACAUCCAUUGUUGUCUUCUAGCAGACUUAACCUUUCCUUGUUUGUGCCUGGGUUAGCUCUCUUUCUUUCCUGUCCCAAGGCCCUCAUACAUUCAUAUUUUGUCUUAUGGAAUAUUUGACAUUAAAUACUAGCUAAAAUAAUGUACUUUUCCCUUUUCUGAUGUCCAGGAAGAUUUAAUGUAUUUUAAACCUACCUCACAGGGUUGUUGUGAGGUUAAAUGUAUGUAAUGCUAUUUGCAAACUUUAAAGCUCUCUAUAACUGUUGUUAUAUCUGCCUCUGCUAACAAAGCUUCUGAUAAAGUGUGUCUUUGGAAUGCA